AUGAAAUCCGCUAAUAAGACAGCUUCGAUGAUAGUGACAAUGUUCACGCAACAGAACUAAGAAUUACAACUUGCGUAAGCAAGGAAGGAAUUUGAUUAACUCACAAGGGAAAUAGCAGAGAGAAGAAAGAAGCUGCUUUCAGAAUUGAAUAAGGGUAAGGCUUAAGAAAAGGAAAAGGUAGAUGCAAACAAAGCAGAAAAAUUCAAAAAUAUGGAUGAGCACAGAAUACCAUUGGAAGAACUUGAAUAGAGAUUUUAAACAAGUUCAAAUGAUGGAUUAACUAAAGAUGUCGCCAAUUAAAGAUUGUAGGAAGUUGGAAAAAAUGAAUUAACUUAAAAAGAAAAAGUACCUUGGUAUAUGAAAUUAAUCCAUGAAUUAACUUCUAUGUUUUCAAUGCUUUUGUGGGUUGGAUCAAUCUUGUGCUUUAUAGCAUACGGAUUGGCUCCAGAGGAUCCAUCAAAUUUAUAUUUGGGUAUUGUUAUAGUAGUAGUAAAUACACUGACAGGAGUGAUUACAUUUUUCUAAAAUGCAAAAUCAGAAGCAAUAAUGGACUCCUUUAAAAAUUUCAUACCUCCUGAGACUUUAGUAAUAAGAGACGGGCAACAAUAAAAAUUACCGGCCUCUAAUUUAGUACCUGGAGAUGUAGUAAUUGUAGAAAAUGGAAAGAGAAUUCCAGCGGAUAUUAGAAUAUUGGAGAGCAAUGAGAUGAAGGUUGAUAAUUCAAGUUUGACAGGAGAAUCAUUAUUGCUAAUGAGAUCUUUAGAAUGCACAAACCCUGCCAAUCCUUUGGAGACUAAAAAUUUGGCAUUUUUUGGAACACUUUGCAAAGAGGGAAAUGGAAAAGGCUUGGUGAUUUUUACUGGAGAUAAUACAGUAAUUGGCUAGAUAGCAGGUUUAGUAGAUAGUUCUGGAGGUGAUGAUACUACUUUAAGAAAGGAACUUAAUAAUUUUAUAAAGAACAUAAGUGUAAUAUCAACAAUAUUUGGAGUAAUCUUCUUUGUGUUGGGCUUUGCUAUUGGAUAUCCUCCGAUCACAAAUCUUGUCUUUGGAAUAGGAAUUAUUGUAGCCAAUGUUCCAGAAGGACUUUUGGCCACAGUUACUGUUGCCUUAACACUAACCGCAAAAAAGUUGGCUUAUAAGAAGGUUCUAGUGAAAAACUUAGAGGGAGUUGAAACCCUUGGAUCUACAUCGUGUGUAUGUUCUGAUAAAACAGGAACGUUGACUUAGAAUAAAAUGACAGUUGAAAAUUUAUGGUACAAUAACAAAAAACAUAAGGGAGCAAAUUUAGAAAAAAUGGGUCAAAAACAUUAAUACGAAUAUGAUGUCAAUGAAUUAGGAUUUAAAAUACUUUAGGAAACAGCUGUGCUUUGUUCAGAAGCAGUGUUUGAUAAUUCUUUGCCUCAAGAUUAAAAGAUUCGAAUAUAGAAUGCAAUUGGUUUGAAUUAAUAGUAAAAAGAUUAGAAAUUAAAGGAAGCCAAUGAGAAAUGGGAAUUGAAUUUUAAUAAGAUGCUUUGUUAAGAAAAACCAACUAUAGGGGAUGCAUCUGAAACUGCUUUAAUCAAGUUUUUCUAACCUAUAAAUGAUAUCUAGAAAAUGAGAUAAAGUAGAACACCUGCUAAAGAUUCAGAAAAUAAGCUUGCAAAAAUGCCCUUCAAUUCUAAUAAUAAGUAUGCAUUCAUCAUAGUGGAAUACGAGACCGAAGAUUCUCAUUAUUGUUUAUUAAGCAAAGGAGCACCAGAAAGAAUAUGGAAGUUAUGCAAUUAAGUAUAUAAGGAUGGAUAAAUUGAAUCAAAGGAUGAAGAAUGGGAAAAGUCCUUUGAGUAGAUAAAUGAAUAAUUUGGAAGACAAGGAGAACGAGUAUUAGGAUUUGCCAAGCUGCAUUUACCAAAAGAAUAAUUUCCAUUUGGAUACUAAUUUAACAUGGAUAAGAUGAAUUUCCCUUUUAAUAAUCAAGUAUUUGUUGGUUUAAUCUCAUUAAUUGAUCCUCCCAAGGACAAUGUUCCUUAUGCUGUGAUUAAAUGUAAAACAGCAGGGAUCUAAGUUAUUAUGGUUACUGGAGACUAACCAGUCACAGCUACAGCCAUAGCUAGAUAAUGUAACAUAAUAACAGAGAAAACAGUUGAUGAGAUAAUGAUUGAAAAAGGAAUAUCAUUUGAAGAGGCAUUCCAUUAAUCAAAUGCCCUAGUAAUUCAUGGUGAUAAAUUAACUAAAAUGGCAAUUGAUGACGAAGGUCUACCUGAAGAUGAAAAAGGUAGACAAUUGCAGGAAUGGUUGAGCAAACCAUAAUUAGUCUUUGCAAGAACAAGUCCAGCAUAGAAAUUGAUUAUUGUUGAUGGAUGUCAAAAGAGAGGACAUAUAGUUGCUGUGACAGGUGAUGGAGUUAACGAUAGUCCUGCAAUCAAGAAGGCAGAUAUAGGAAUUGCUAUGGGUAUUACUGGAUCUGAUGUUGCUAAGGAUGCAGCUGAUAUGAUAUUGUUAAAUGAUGAUUUUUCAAAUAUUGUGAUAGGCAUAGAAGAAGGAAGGAAGAUCUUUGAUAAUUUAAAGAAAAGUAUGGCUUAUUGUUUGACCUCAAACAUUUCAGAGCUGGUUCCAUUUAUUGGAUUUGUUAUCUUUAGACUACCAUUACCAUUAACUACAGUAUUGAUAUUAUGUAUCGACUUGGGAACUGAUGUUUUUCCAUGUACCACUUUUGUCUUUGAGGAUGCUGAAAUUGAUAUAAUGACGAGGAAACCGAGAUCAAAGAGUGAUCAUUUGGUUGGUGGGAAAAUGUUCAUCUAUGCAUAUUUGCAGAAUGGAUUCCUAUCUACAUAUUGUGGGUUCUUUUAGUGGUUUGCAUCCUUUUAUGAUUUUGGGUUCUAUCCUUCAAAUCUACUAUUCAUAGGAAUUAGGAAAACUAUUCUACCAAAGAUUAAUGAUGUAUAUGAUCCUUAAGAUCCUUGGUUUGGUAAUACAAAUCUAAAGGAAAUAUUUUAAGAUGGAACUUGUACAGAAUUUCCUGAAUCUGAGGUGAAGGAGGUAGAUUGGAUUUUUGCCAAUCAUUCCAAACUUGAUUUGAGGAUGGCUUAUCUUGAAUGCAAAGAUGGUAAGAUUUAGUAAUUAUUUGAAUGGGCCUAAUGUACUGUUAAUUUAGUAUCUCCAUAUACAAAUAGACCUUAUUGUUAUACGACUGAAGCCUCAAAUUAUGCUUAAACAACAUUCCUAUAUGGUAUUGUAGUUGGGUAAAUAGCCAAUUAUUAGGGUUUGAGAUCUUUAAUAAAUGCAGGAUCCUUUUAAGGUUUUUCGAAUUAUUAUAUGUUUUUCGCCUUCUGGGUGGAAUUUAUGUUAACAGUGUGUUUGUCUUAUGUACAAGUUUUUAACGCAGUAUUUGGAACUAGGGACGUGUUAUUUAUUCAUUAUGGCACUGGAGCACUUCCUUUUGCAUUAGUGAUGCUAAUUUGGGCAGAGGGAAGGAAAUAUCUAAUACGUCGUUUCAAAUCAAAAACAUCAUUUCCUAGUUGGUGGGAAAGAUGCGUUUAAUUCUGAAAUUUAUUGAUAUUCAAUAAUAUUAUAUUAUGAUAAUUGAAAUAUUAUAAAAUAGGUUUAA